CACAUUUUCCGGCCCUUUUCAUUCAUGGUCACUUCGUCCUGUCUCUCCGCCUCACUCGCGAAUACAUCCGCCGAUCGCCGCCAGGAAAUCGAAAACCCUCGGUCACCAUUCCCAGAUUCGUAAGAAGAGUGUGUCGCGUUCAUAUAGUUUCGAGAGACGAAUGGCUCUCUCGGCGGCCGACGUCCAGACCGUGUACUCGCUCCUUUCCAAUGCUCUGAGCCUCGACGAGUCGGCCCGCAAGCCGGCGGAAUCCGCCCUCGCCCAGUGCGAGAACCGCCCGGGAUUCUGCUCUUGCCUUCUUGAGAUCGUUGCGGCGAGGGAUUCGGGUUGCCGAGAUGACGUUCGCCUCCUGGCCUCCGUGUAUUUUAAGAACAGCAUCACUCGCUACUGGAGGCACCGCCGUGAUACCCCGGGCAUUAGCAAUGAUGAGAAAAAUCAUAUAAGAAAGAAGUUGCUGUUACACUUGCGAGAAGAAAAUACUCAGAUAGCACUUCAGUUGGCUGUACUUGUAGCGAAAAUUGCACGUAUUGAUUACCCAAAAGAGUGGCCAGAGCUCUUUUCUUCUUUGGCACAACAACUCCAAUCAGCUGACAUGCUAGCUUCACAUAGGGUGUUCAUCGUUUUGUUUCGAACUUUAAAAGAAUUGUCAACAAAACGUCUUAGUUCAGAUCAGAGGACCUUCCAAGAGAUCGCCUCACAGUUGUUUGAGUACACUUGGAACCUUUGGAAGAAUGAUAUACAUACUAUACUGCAAAGCUUUUCUACUAUUUCGCAAUCCAUUACCAUGAACUCAUUGGUGGAACAAGGACAUGAUUUGCUUUUGGUUUGUGAAAGAUGGUUUCUGUGUCUGAAGAUCAUUCGCCAACUGAUUAUUUCUGGGUAUCCUAGUGAUACAACAACUGCACAGGAGGUCCCGCUGGUGAAGGAAGUUUGUCCAGUGCUCUUGAAUGCCAUUCAAUCAUUUCUUCCCUAUUACUCUUUAUUCCAGGAACGACAAGUUAGAUUAUGGGACUUCACAAAACGAACAUGUACAAAAUUAAUGAAAGCAUUAGUUGCAGUGCAAUCCAAGCAUCCAUAUUCAUUUGGUGACCAAGCCAUCCUUCCAGCUAUAGUUGAUUUUAGCUUGAAUAAGAUAACAAAUGCAGAACCCACAGUUUCAUUUUUUGAGCAGUUUCUGAUUCAGUGCAUGGUUUUGGUUAAGUCUGUAUUAGAGUGUAAAGAAUACAGGCCGAGCCUCACUGGUCGUGUGAUCAAUGAAAGUGAGGGCUCCUUGAGUUUGGAGCAAAGGAAGAAAAACAUUUCCACAGCUGUUGCUGGCAUACUUAAAACCAUUUUGCCAAGUGACCAUGUCAUACUGCUGUGUAAUAUAUUGAUAAGAAGGUACUUCAUUUUCUCGGCAAAAGAUAUGGAUGAAUGGUAUCAGAAUCCUGAACAAUUUCACCAUGAUCAAGAUAUGGUUCAGUGGACAGAUAAACUUAGGCCAUGUGCUGAAGCAUUAUAUAUUGUCCUCUUUGAGAACUAUAAACAAAUCCUGAGUCCUGUAGUUAUUUCCAUUCUUCGUGACGCGAUGAGUAGCUCCCCACCAUUAGAAACCGAAAUAUCUUCUGCAAUGCUUCUAAAAGAUGCUGCUUAUAGUGCUGCUGGGCAUGUUUAUUAUGAGCUCUCUAGUUACCUCGACUUCAGUGAUUGGUUUCAAGGAUCUCUGGCUAUUGAACUUUCCAACAACCAUCCAAAUAUGCGCAUUCUUCAUCGAAAAAUUGCAUUCAUUCUUGGACAGUGGGCUUCUGAGAUUAAAGAUGACACUAGAAAGCAGGUGUACCAUGCUUUAAUCAGAUUGCUUCAGGACAAUGACAUUGCUGUUAAACUUGCUGCCUGUCGGUCUUUAUGCUAUCUUGUUCAGGACACUAAUUUUUCUGAAAAUGAAUUUUUCGAGCUUCUACCAGCAUGUUGGAACUCAUGUUUCAAGUUGAUGGAAGAAGUUCAAGAGUUUGACUCGAAGGUACAAGUGUUGAAUUUGAUUUCUGUUCUAAUUGACCAUGUCGGGGACAGAAUUUCGCCUUAUGCACAUCAAUUGUCCAAUUUUUUCUGCAAGAUCUGGGAGGAGUCAGCUGGUGAAAGUUUACUGCAAAUUCAGCUUCUAGUAGCACUUAGAAAUUUUGUCGGUUCUCUUGGUUACCAGUCGUCGAUUUGUUAUACAAUGCUUCUACCUAUUCUGAAGAGUGGAAUUGAUGUUGAUAGCCCUGAUUCUCUCAAUCUUCUAGAGGACAGUGUCUUGCUAUUGGAAGCAACACUUUCGAAUGCUCCAUCAAUGAUGCCUCAAUUGCUAGAUUUCUUCCCAUAUCUGGUGGUUAUACUUGAAAGAAGCUUUGACCAUUUGCAGGUGGCUACUAGUAUUAUUGAGGACUACAUUAUCUCUGGUGGCGUAGAGUUUCUCAAUAGGCAUGCUUCAAGUCUAGCUAAACUACUUGAUGGAAUUGUUGGGAAUGUUAAUGAGAAGGGGCUGCUUUCAACUCUUCCAGUCAUUGAUAUCCUGAUCCAGUGCUUUCCUAUGGAGGCCCCUCCAUUGAUUGCUGGAGUUCUUCAGAAACUCAUCCUUAUAUGUUUGAGCGAAGAAGAUGAUCAUAAUCCUUCUAGGACAGCAGUGCGUGCUUCUUCUGCAGCCAUUCUUGCCAGGGUCUUGGUGAUGAAUACCAAUUAUUUUGCUCAGUUAGCAUCUGAAUCAUCCCUUGCUAUGGGCCUUCAACAAGCAGGACUUCCCAUCAACCAGAAUAUACUUCUUUGUUUGACUGAUAUAUGGGUUGAUAAGUUUAGAACGGCAUCAUGGCCACUGAAGUUCUCUUCUGGGGAUGAGCUUGUUUAUCCUUUGGGAUGGUUCAAAGCUCAAAUAGACAACGCCACAGUUAUACAGAGAAAGGCCUAUGCUUUGGCUCUUUCUGUUAUCUUGACUUUGAGAGUGCCACAAGUCAUUAAUAAACUUGAUGACAUUCUAAGUGUUUGUACAAGUGUUAUCCUCGGAGGAACUGAAGAAAUAAAUGAAGAUGACUCCGGUGGUGACACCACAAGCUCUUCUGCGCUCAACAAUGAGGCUAUUGGGUACGGUGGUUUCUCAGUCAGAGACUCAAGAAUGAGACAAAUUAAAGAUUCAGAUCCAAUCAAACAACUAUCCUUGGAAAACAUGCUGAAAGAAAACUUAAAAGCAUGUGCAGCUCUCCACGGAGAUGCAACUUUUAAUGCAGCUAUUAGCAGGAUUCAUCCAUCAGCAUUUGCUCAGUUACAGCAGGCCUUAAAGAUGGUUUAGAGAAUUUGAUAUGGAUUCUCCAUUCUUUCCGUUCUUGUUAUCUUGUGUGCCUCCGAAGAUUGAUUGCAUUGUGCUUUUUCUGGUGCAUGUAGCUUGUUGAUUUUUUUUCCAUCCCAAAUUGCAUUGCGUCCAUCCACCUUUUCAGCAUUAAACAGAGUUGAUGUGUAACAGUUAAAAUCAAAAGUACUGGAAGCUACAUGGCGGGUGUAUAUCUGGAACGAUUUCUUAGCACCUUGUCAUGUGGCUCGAGAAAUCAAAUGUCCGUGAGAAGCAGGUAAAAUUUUAGCUGUCCUGCUACAUGGUGAUUAUUCAUAUUUGUAUAGUUUGGGCAAUGGCUGUGGAAAUGGGGUUUUGACGAUUUUCCAUAUCAGUUAUGUUUUGAGGACCAUUCAUCAACAAUGAGUUGUACUUGUUGCGAUUAGAGUAUCAGAAGAUAUAUUGUGGAGCAGUUUUUUCUCCAGCAGUAUUAGCAUAUGACAUAGACAUGUGGAGGAACUGCUUUGUUGUGUCGGUAUGGAAUUCUUGUGAUGAAUAUUUUUGUUUUGUACAAAUUGUGGAAAUGGAUCAUUUGAUCAA